AUGGCCUCCCUGUCCAACGCCAUCCUCGCUCUUUUCGUCCUUGCCGUCACCGCGAUCUUCCUCCCGCAGCUUUCGGGGCGUGUGCUCGGCGUGGUCUUUCGCGGCGUAGGCUGGCUGAUUCGUCGCCGAACUCGUUCUCGCCGUGAAUUUGUGAUCGCGCGGGCGCGGUCUGAAGAGGAAGAGCAUCGUGCGCCUCGUCUGAAGGCCUCGUCUAACUCUUUGGCCCGGAGCCAGGCUGAGGACGAGGACUGGGAGAAGGUAGAUAGCUCUGGACCCGGUGGGGUUCGCACAACGAGCUGCAGUGAUAGCAGCUCUGGUGGGGAGGACGAGUGGGAUGGUAUUAUUGGGUUCUUUCACCCAUUCUGUAAUGCCGGCGGAGGCGGAGAGCGAGUGCUCUGGGAAGCGGUGCGCGCAACACAGAAACGCUGGCCUAAGGCGAUUUGUGCCAUAUAUACCGGAGAUCAUGAAGUGAACAAAACACAGAUGCUCGAGAGAGUCGAGAACCGAUUCAACAUUCCCCUACACGCCCCGACGGUUGUGCUGCUCUACUUGACAACGCGCAAGUAUGUCGUCGCCAGCUCAUAUCCAUACAUGACACUGCUUGGCCAAUCGCUGGGUUCUUUGGUGGUCGCAUACGAUGCCUUUACCCUUUUGGUGCCGGAUGUAUUCGUUGAUACUAUGGGUUACGCCUUUACACUCGCGAUGUGCAAAUGGUUCUUCCCCAGCGUUCCCACUGGCGCAUACGUCCACUAUCCUACCAUUUCAACAGAUAUGCUUGCCUCCCUGGACGACAAAACUGGUAUGCAAGGUGUCAACUCCGGCGCCGGAAAGGGCCUAAAGGGUACGGUCAAGCGCCGAUAUUGGCAACUCUUUGCUCAGCUCUACGGCUGGGUUGGCCGACACGUCGAUGUCGUAAUGUGCAACUCGUCCUGGACAGCAGCGCACGUCCGCACGAUCUGGGGCAAAGACAAGACCAACACCAAUGGUGAAGGUACCGCCUCGUCACCCGCAGUCGUAUUUCCUCCAACCGCCGUCACGGAGCUGGAAUCCACCAUCACAGUCAACGCGGAGAGUGAGGCAACCCGGGAACCACUCCUUCUGUACAUCGCACAGUUCCGACCAGAAAAGAAUCACCCGCUCGUCCUGCGCUCAUUCGCGCGCUUCCUGCAAGAACGAAACAACAAUCCCGCUUACGCAAAUCAACCUCAACCCCGCCUGGUGCUGAUCGGCUCAGUCCGCCACGCUAGCCCAGACGAAACCCACAUCUACAACCUCCGGCUCCUAGCACACGAACUCCGCAUCCGCGACAACACGACAUUCCUAUGCGACGCCAGCUGGCCCGCCGUCCUCUCCCACCUCGGCACCGCCUCCAUCGGCGUGAACGCGAUGUGGAACGAGCAUUUCGGUAUUUGUGUCGUCGAAUAUCAAGCCGCGGGACUUAUUUGUGUUACGCACGACUCUGGUGGUCCACGCGAGGACAUCGUCGUUGACAUUGGCGACGGAGCAACGGGUUUCCGUGCUGAGACGGAGGAGCAGUUUGCCGCCGCGUUCGAGACUGCGUUGGCACUUCCGGAACCUGAAAAGGUUGCUAUGCGCCAGCGAGCGAGGCGUUCUGCGCUUAGAUUUACGGAGGAAGAGUUCUCGAGAAAGUGGCUGGCCCAGGUGGGCGGGUACCGACGGACCGAGUACUUGGAUAAAUUGCAUACUUCAAGCUACACUUCCCCAAGCCAAAUCCGCGAGAUCAAAGCGAACAGCGAGACAGAAUGCCGAAUCCAACCAGAGACGUGCAAACCAUCAUCGAUGCAGCUUUCCCCGUACAUCAUUCACCAGAAUGUCACUGUGCCUCUGCGAAUGGGAGGCAUCAUUCGAUGCAACAUCUAUCUCCCAAGGGGAGUCAACGAGGGACAGAGGUUUCCCGUCCUUGCAACAUACGGAAAAGACAUUUCCUACAAAGACUUCAACCUCUCCACCUUCCAAGACGUCAACCCAGAGCACCAAACGGAACAUUCUGCGUGGGAAACUCCAACCCUCUCAGUACUGGACCCAGCAUGGCUACGCAGUCCUAAGGGCAGACGAGCUCGAGGAUUAUCCUCAGGCCCACUGAUCCAGCUCUCCUCAUACACCAUCGACGCAUACGAAAAGAUUAUCCAAUGGGCCGCGACGCAAACUUGGUCAUCCGGUGAGGUCGGCCUACUAGGCGUGAGCUACUUCGCCCUCGUUCAAUGGGCAGUAGCCGCCCGGCAGCCGUAA